UUGAAGCACAGCUAAAUUAAGCUUGACAGUUAGCCUGCGAGGGAGCAGGAUAGUUUAGAUGUAAGGUAACUAGUUACUGAGCAGGGACUCUAAACCACAGUAAUUGAACAGAACUCUCACUGUAAUUCGCCAGACUCGAAAUAAGCCUGGAUUUUCCUUUAUCUGCCUUGAUGGAAUACCCCCCAGAACAAUAAUCAAGCAAAGAUAGUUUUGUCAACUUCGAAGGCACUUAAAAUGAAAAUAUAGCGGAGUGCGCAUACGUUUGGAAGUUUCCAUGAUGUCCUCUGAGGAAGAACUGACUUCCUCUACCCCUUCUUUGCCCCCUCCAUCUGCACACUUUGUUGGCAGGAAGGAAGAUUUGGUCCAGGCAAAGCGCGUUACCAGGUUGGUCGGCGGAAGGGAUGUGCUGGUCCUCUGCCACAAGGGCCAGUUCCACGCCAUGGACAUGCGCUGCUACCAUUCCGGUGGGCCACUGCAGGAGGGAGAUAUAGAGGAGUUUGACGGGCGGAUUUGCAUUGUGUGUCCGUGGCACAAGUACAAGAUUACCCUGGCGGAAGGCAAGGGGCUGUACCAGGCGGUGAACCCCUCGGCUACACCCCCCAAACCCACCUGGCGAUCGAAAGGGGUCAAACAGAGGGUUCACAAGGUCACAGAAGUCAACAAAAAUGUGUAUGUCACCAUCAAUGACUCACUAGAUCCCAUUGACUCUGACUUCUACCAGACUGAGAGAUACAGGACCACUAUGAAUAAGGCCCAACCUAAGAAUAAAAAAUGACACGAAGGUGACUCACUGGAGUGUAAGGAUUGUGAUCAGGAUAAAAACCCUGGUAAUUUGUUCUUUAGCAUUUGGGAAUGUUAUAAGGGAGCUACAGGACUAUUUCAACACAAAACUAAAAGCUUCCCUAUCAUCAGCUCAAAGCAUAAUCUGGGUAAGAUAUUUAUGUAUUCUCCAGGGCAGCUGUAUCUCAUAAUUGUCCCCAAAUGUUCAAAACUUUUACAAACAUUUUUCUGAUGAUGCUCUAUUUU